UGAGACCCUCGUCGAUUAAGCAGCAAAUACGCACUUGGCCACCCAUGUCUGUGAAGCUCCCGCAGCUAAAUCUGCUUCUGUUUCUGCUUGUCUGGUAUGCAGAUUCUGAAGAUGCUGAUUUCACCUACAAUGGCUUCCGAGGUUCUAACUUAAGCCUGGAAGGUCUGGCCCAGAUCACAUCAAACGGGCUAUUGAUGAUAACCAACCGCACUGCACAACAGUCAGGUCACGCUUUCUACCCGUACCCACUCAACUUCAAGAACCUAUCGGACGGUAAAGUGUUCUCCUUCUCUACCACUUUGGUGUUCGCCAUCUUCAGCCAGCCCGGUUACCCAGAUAUAGGCGGCCAUGGAUUAGCUUUUGCGAUGGCACCUUCAAGAGGGUUCCCCGGAUCUCAACCAGACCAGUAUCUAGGCAUCUUCAACAAGUCCAACAAUGGAAAAUCAUCCAACCAUAUUGUUGCAGUUGAACUUGACACACUCCGGAACAUUGAAUUGGCUGAUGUCGAUGAUAAUCAUGUAGGUAUCGACGUUAACAGCUUAACUUCUGUUGCUUCCGCACCAGCAUCUUAUUUUACCGAUCAAAAUGGUGGGCAUAAGAACCUAACCCUCAAAAGUGGGAAAGCAAUGCAACUGUGGAUCGAAUAUAAUGGCGUCAACACUCAAAUUAAUGUCACAUUAGCUCCUAUUAAUGUGCCUAAACCUGAUAUCCCACUCUUAUCCUUUGUUUACGAUCUUUCUUCGAUAUUGGAAGACCACAUGUACGUUGGUUUCUCGGCGUCUAAUAGCCCAGCUCUAACACCACAGUAUGUGUUGGGGUGGAGCUUUAAGAUGAAUGGUCCAGCAAAAGAGCUCACUCUCUCCCAACUUCCUAAGCUUCCUCGAGUAGGACCCAAACAGAUAUCUAAGUUUGUUACGGUUGGGUUGCCCAUUAUUGGCCUGGUUUUAUCGUGUACGGUUUUCGCCGGCAUCCUUUUUAUCUUGAGGAAGAGAAAAUUUGCGGAAGUGCUUGAAGAUUGGGAACUAGACUAUGGGCCUCACAGGUUCAAAUUUAAGGAUCUUUACAUUGCCACCAAGGGAUUCAGGGAAAAGGAGCUUCUGGGUACGGGCGGUUUCGGUAUGGUGUACAGAGGGAUAUUACCCACCUCCAAAGUGGAAGUUGCAGUGAAGAGAGUGUCCCAUGAAUCAAGACAAGGAAUGACAGAAUUCGUUGCCGAGAUUGCUAGUAUCGGUCGGCUGCGGCACCGGAACUUAGUACAACUCUUGGGUUAUUGCCGGCGUAAGGGAGAGCUUCUGUUGGUCUACGAUUACAUGCCGAAUGGAAGUUUAGACAAGUAUCUGUUCGACCAACCAAAGUCUAGACUCAGUUGGGACCUAAGAUUUCAAGUCAUCAAAGGGGUAGCGUCCGCGCUAUUUUAUCUGCAUGAAGAUUGGGAGCAGAUCGUUGUUCACAGAGACGUGAAGUCCAGCAAUGUCUUAUUAGAUAGAGAAUUCAAUGGGAAGUUAGGUGAUUUCGGACUCUCAAGGCUAUAUGAUCACGGAACUGAUCCACAAACGACACAUGUAAUGGGGACACUAGGCUACCUUGCACCGGAGAUCACUAGAACUAGUAAGCCGACUCCAAGUACAGAUGUGUUUGCUUUUGGGGCUUUUAUGCUUGAAGUGGCUUGUGGGAAAAGGCCUAUAGAACCACAGGCAUCCGGUGAGGAUGUUAUUUUGGUUGAUUGGGUGAUCUCGUUUUGGAGCAGAGGGACAAUUCUUGAGACAGCAGAUCCAAAAUUAAGGGGUGAUUAUGUAGUUGAGGAAAUGGAUUUAGUGUUGAAGCUUGGCCUUCUUUGCUGUAAUUCAUGUCCGACUGCUAGGCCGACCAUGCGACAAAUAUUGGAGUUCUUAAAGGGAGAAGCUCCUCUCCCAGAUCCAUUGUCGGUUAGCGCUAGUAGUCUUGCGUUUGCUCACAGUGAAGGCUUCAGCGACUUUAGUAUGCCGUAUUCUUCUCCGGGGAAUACAACCACUCAAUCAUCGGUGGCAGAGUCUCUUCUCUCCACAGGGCGUUGGUAGAAAUAUGUUUGGUUAACGAAGCAGCUUAGGCGUUUAUUGUAAGGGUAAGUGAUAAAUAAAAACUGGUGUGAUCCAUGUUUCUUUUCCAUUGUAAAUUUAUCUUUGUCGUAUGUAAUGCAUGUAUAAAAAGACUUAAAACAUCCUUGUUGUACAUCCCCUGAUUUUUUUUUUUAAAUACACAUAUAUACCUUGUGGACCGA